AUGGAUAAAGUGUAGAUAGCAUUAUAAAAUAAAUUCAAAAAGAAUAAUAAAUUAGCAAUAACUACAUUGAGGAAAGCGAAUCAAUUUGAUUGUCUGGCGGUAUUGAUUGGAACUUCACAUACUUCUAAUAUUGGGAUAUAAAAAGGAUUUCAAUAAUGGUACUUGGGUUGUGAAUUGAUGGAUUGCAUAUUGAUAAUGAGUACGAAGAUGUUGUGCAUAAUAGCAGACGAAGUCAUGUUUUAGAAGUUGAAACAUCUGAGUGACAUUAAGAUGAAAACCUUUACAAUCUUUUUUUUGAUUAAGAACAUAAAAAAGAACAAUCAUUAGUAAUUUCAAUUCGCUUUGGAGAGAUUAAGAAAGGAAUAUCCAGGCAAUAAUUAUAGAUUGGCAUUGAAUUUAUCUGAUGGUUAGAAAAGUCCUUUGAUAACUGAAUUCAAUUAAUUUAUAGAUCAGAACCAUUUAAUCAAAGUGGAUUGCACCUCGUUUUUAAAGGAAUUGAUAAAUAAUGACAAUAAAGACAUUUUUGAGUAUUACAACACAUGUGGUAAGAUAAAUUCCUAUUACAUGAAAUUUAUGAGUCAGAGGAUAGAGUUGGCAAUCAAGUUCAAUGAGAAUACAACCAAUUAUUCAAUUACACAGGCAGUCAAAAGAGAAAAGAGUUCAGAUUUGAAUUAAAUGGCAAUUCGAAGAAAAUUUGGAUUACAAGGAAAUUAUGAUAUAUUGAGUUCCACAGUUCAAAGUGGUGGUUAAUACAAUGUGUCAGCAUCUGAAAGUACUCAAUCCAGAUUGGUAGGUGACGUGGUGAUAUAUAGUUUUUGUUGUUAAUACAUGCAGUCAUAAUCAUAUUGCACAAGGACAUUAUUAUUUUAACCCAAUUAAGAGUUGGAGCAGAUUUACAGAGUGAUAUUGAAUGUACAUGCAUUUGCAUUGGGAUUGGUUAAGGAGGACAUAUAAUUUAAAUAAAUCUAUAGAGAGACUCAGAAUAUAUGGGAAACCAUAUUCAAGGAUGAUCCAGAAAUGAAGAUGAAGUUUCCGACAGACAUUGGCUAUUUGAUAGGAUCUUAGAUGUUAAUUGAUAAUCAUAAUAUUGAGACUAUUCAAGAUAGAAUGGCAGUGGUGAUUAGGAUGUUUGUCGAUAACAUAUUGGUCUAAUUGCCAUUUUAUCCUGAGAGAACCAAUAUAGCAAUUUGUUUAGCUGACACAAUAUUUGUGGUAUCUGGAAUUGAGGAUUGUGUUAUUACAAAGGCUGAGAAGGAGUUCACAUUCGUUUCCUAUCAACCAACAGAAGAAGGCGAGAGAUUUUUUAAAUCUACAUUUUAGAAGAAUGAAAAUUCAGAUGUUUUGCAUUAGUCAGAGAAGAUCACAAGGGAAUAGUUUGAAUAGGCGGAGUUGAAUAAAAUAAAGAAUGAUUAGGAGAAGUUGAAGGAAAUAAAGCAAUACGAAUUGGAAGUCAGAUUGAAUGAUCAAUAGACUAGACAAGAACCAAAGUUAUUAGUUAAAAUGGAUCAAUUGUAAGCAUUUUAAAAAGAAGAUCAAUUUGAUUAAUAUCCAAAGGGAGAAAUAGCUGUUGAUCAAGACAAAUCAGCCAUUCUGAUUCCAAUCAUAGGAACACAUUACCCAUUUCAUGCUCUCACUAUUUAGAAUGUCAGUGUUAAGGAGUUACCAAAUGGUGCAGGGGAAAUCACUAUCAGAUUUUGGACUAAUGAAUUCCAUAUAGACACAAGAGAGUUUCCAUCUAUGGAUCAGGAUCAAAUGUUUCUAAAGGAAAUUACUUUGAGGAAUCAGGAAUUCAUAAAGUUAUAGGAUAUCGAAAAUGAAAUUAAUGUAUGUAGAGAUGAUGCGAGAAGAAAAUAAAUAGAAAAACAGCUGGAAGUGGACAAAUUUGAUUUUGUUAUUGAAAAAUUAACAGUGUUACCAAAGAACACUCCUUGUUUAAGCAAAGUGUAUAUGAGACCCACUUAAAGUUAAAAGACUAGAUCACCAGAAGGAUUUGUGGAAUGUCACGAGAAUGGAUUUCGAUAUAAGAGUGCUAGAGGAGAAGUUAUAGAUUUCACAUUCACCAGUAUUAAACAUUGUUUCUUUGUUUCUCCUGAAGAUGAAGUGAUAGCAUGCAUUCAUUUCAUUUUUAAGAUGCCCAUCAAAUGUGGUAAAAUCAUGUUUUCUUAGAUCCAAUUCUAUAGAGAUAUUGAAGGAGCAUCUGAAUAAGAAGCAGCCAGAAGGAAGGUUCGUCUAUUUGAUAUUGAUCACGUCUUCGAUAAGAAGGUGUAAGAUCGAAGACUGGAAGAACUCAAGAAUUUUGAGUCUUUCAUCUAGUAGUCAGAACAAUACUAUAAAAGAUUUAAUAUCAAAUUCGAGAGAUUAGAAAAGUAGUAUAGUUUUGAAGGUAAUUAUGCUAAAGAAAGAGUUGUCUUUCAACCGACUUAGAGUUGUCUAGUAAACAUUGUUGAUCAGCCAUUCUUUACUUUAACUUUAGAGAAUGUGGAUAUUAUGUGUUGUGAAAGAGUCCAAGAGGAAACCAUUUCAUUUGAUUUGGUUGCAGUCUUAAAGGAUCUGGAGGCUCAAGUGAUUAGAAUUGAAGCCAUAGACAGAGAAGAUCUCAAGAAGAUACAGUAAUGGUUGAAUAAGAAGAAGAUUCUAUUUUUUUAAACUACUUCUGGUCUCAUGUGGAGAAAUAUGCAAUUCAGUAUACAGAAGGACUUCCCUUUGUUUGUUUACGAUGGAGGAUGGGCAACUAUGAUGAAAGAUCAUAUGGAACAUGCUCCUAUUUAAUAAUUCAAUGAUGAGCCUUUAUUUGAACCUGAUUCAUCUAAUGGGCCUACUUCAGUGUCUGAAUUCGAAUUUGAAUAAGACAAAAAAAAUAAUAAAUAUCUUCAUCUAUAGAAGGAUGAUGAGAGUGAUUUUAGUGAUCUGGUUGAUAGUGAAGACAUCAUGAGUGAGUUGGAUAUAUAGGAGAGAAGAAAAAGAAAAAAAGUGAAAUACAACUUUAUCGAUUGA